UAUAAUGACAGGUGAUCUCCUUUAGUUCGAUGUAUUUUUCAUGUUUCAUUUUUUAACAUCAAACCAAUGAAAAUCCACACUGACAUGAUGAAGAUACUGAGAAAUGAAACAUCACAGCUGUUUGGUAUGCAGACAGUCAGUUUGAAGUUCAUUCUGGUCGUUCUUUGGCUUAUUACAGGUGAUGAGUGUAGGACAGUAACUGUUCAGACUGGUGGAUCUGUUAUUAUUCCAUGUCUUUAUGAAAGUAAAUACACCCAACACAAGAAAUACUGGUGCUAUCAUUCAUCAGGAUCUUAUUUGUUCUGCUCUAUUCUGGCAUAUGCAAAUGAAACCCAAAGAGACGUGUCAGUAAUUGAUCAUCCUGAUCAGAGUUUAUUUACUGUCACUAUGAAAGACCUGCAGCAUCAAAACACUGGAACUUACUGGUGUGCUGUGGAAAUUGAAGGAAUUAUCCAUGAUGUGACAGAGCAGCUUUAUAUCAAAAUCAAAUCAGCUCCUGAUCUCUCUGUGAUGCCCAGCAGUGUAACUGUAGAUGAAGGUGGUAAUAUCAGUCUACAGUGUCUCUACAGCACUAAAUAUAAGUAUGAAGACAAACAGUGGUGCAGAUAUAAACCCAAGAGAUGUUACACAGUGGGAUUGAGUGGCACAUCCCAGUAUUCAGUUGAGAUCAGUGAUGAUGAGAAAGGAUAUUUGAUUGUGGUGAUGUCUGGACUGAUGAAGAGUGAUUCUGGCUGGUAUUACUGUUCUGUAGGAGAUCUACAGGCUCCUGUUCAACUCACAGUCAAUGGCAAAACUCAUUCAAUAAUCAACUUUAUAAAGCCAUGCACAGAAAAAAAAUAAUCUUAGAAUAGUUUAUCUGUGUUUAGAUGCUAAAGUCUCUGUUGGGAAUUUAAUACCUGAUAAAUUCACUAAUGCAGAACCUAGUAAAAAAAAAUCAAAUCUUGCUGGUGGUGAUUACAUGAUAAUAGCAAAUACAAUGUUGUAAUUUAUUAUUUAUUACAUGGCACUCUGGAAUACUUGAUUCUGAUUGGUCAGUCAUAACCUUCAGAACUUUGUUAUCCACAGAAAGCAAUCAGCUGACCCUAACAACACAG